UUGACAGUAUUAAGGGCAGGCUGGGCUGUUUAUGAUUUUUUGAACAGACCUUUAUGGCACCAGCCCAAGGUAGGAAAGGAUCUUUUGUUGCUGGGGUUGCCGCUCGCAGGCUUAGACGCUUCUGCAGGGGGAGAAGCUAUGCAGGACAGCGUGCUUGGAAGAACCGUACCCGGGGUUUUCAAUGAUAAACCUCCAGUUUUGGGGUCUUCUUUUCACUUCUUCCUUUCAGAUACGUCAUGACGGAUCAAACAGUUACCGUUUGAUGCAGCUUGGAUGCCUGGAGUCUGUGGCCAACUCGACCGUCGCCUAUUCCUCCUCAUCUCCUCUCACUUACUCUACCACGGGCACCGAGUUCGCCUCCCCGUACUUCUCCACUAACCACCAGUACACCCCACUGCACCACCAGUCCUUCCACUACGAGUUCCAACACAGCCACCCGGCAGUCAACCCCGACGCUUACUCCUUGAACUCUCUCCACCACUCCCAGCAAUAUUACCAGCAGAUCCACCAUGGAGAACCCACUGAUUUUAUCAACCUGCACAAUGCGCGGGCACUCAAGUCCUCCUGCUUGGACGAGCAGAGGAGAGAGCUGGGGUGCUUAGAUGCUUACCGCCGCCACGACCUGUCUCUUAUGAGCCAUGGAUCCCAAUAUGGGAUGCAUCCAGAUCAAAGACUCCUGCCAGGACCAAGCCUCGGGCUUGCAGCCUCGGGAGCAGACGAU